GUGGAAUGGAGCCCUAGGGGAGCCCCUGCACUACCCACCCUUGGCUAGACUCACAGGCACCAGAGGAACCAGGCCCAUCCUCCUGGGACCAUGGUUGGACUUCAGCCAUCAGAAGUGCCUCCCACAACAAUUGUCAAGUUCCUAGGGGCUGGCACUGCGGCCUGUUUUGCUGACCUCCUCACCUUCCCCCUGGACACCGCCAAGGUCCGCCUGCAGAUCCAGGGGGAGAAUCCAGGGGUGCAGAGCGUGCAGUACCGCGGCGUGCUGGGCACCAUCCUGACUAUGGUGCGCACAGAGGGCCCCCGCAGUCCCUACAGUGGGCUGGUGGCUGGCCUGCACCGCCAGAUGAGCUUUGCCUCCAUUCGAAUUGGCCUCUACGACUCCGUCAAGCAGUUCUACACCCCCAAGGGAGCAGACCACUCCAGCGUUGCCAUUAGGAUUCUGGCAGGCUGCACUACGGGAGCCAUGGCUGUGACCUGUGCCCAGCCCACAGAUGUGGUGAAGGUCCGGUUUCAAGCCAUGAUACGACUGGGAACUGGAAGCGAGAGGAAAUACAGAGGGACUAUGGAUGCCUACAGAACCAUCGCCAAGGAAGAAGGAGUCAGGGGCCUGUGGAAAGGGACUUGGCCCAACAUCACGAGAAAUGCCAUUGUCAACUGCGCUGAGAUGGUCACCUAUGACAUCAUCAAGGAGAAGCUGCUGGACUCUCACCUGUUCACUGACAACUUCCCCUGUCACUUUGUCUCUGCAUUUGGCGCUGGCUUCUGUGCCACAGUAGUGGCCUCCCCGGUGGAUGUGGUAAAGACCCGAUAUAUGAAUGCUCCCCCAGGCAGGUACUUCAGCCCUCUACACUGUAUGCUGAAGAUGGUAGCCCAGGAGGGCCCCACAGCCUUCUACAAAGGAUUUGUGCCCUCCUUUCUGCGUUUGGGAGCCUGGAAUGUGAUGAUGUUUGUAACCUAUGAGCAGCUGAAGCGGGCCUUGAUGAAAGUCCAGGUAUUGCGGGAAUCUCCAUUUUGAACAAGGCAAGGGGCCACGUGGCGCUUUCCUUAUCAAAGGCUGCCUAGAAC